UUUAGACAUUACUACUGCAAGCUAGAGUCCACCAGAGUCCUAGAACUCUCACUUAGAAAGAAAGAGAAAUCAAGGUAGACUUCCCAGAGGAGGUAAUACUGACACGGUUUCAAACCGAACAACGUUCCAGAUGGAAUAGGUUAUGUGAAGGCUGAGACCAGCAGCAAGAUUCAUUUAGGAAAUGAAAAAAAUAAUCAACAACAAACCAUCGCAAACAGCCAAGUACCUCUCCAGAUAGUGGGAGGAAGAAGAGGCGGGACUGAAUACUACAGGCUGACCCUGCCAGGAUGGGACCUGGGAGGGAUCUGUGAGUUGAGGCAGAGGAAGGGACAGUAGCCUGAGGAUCUUCACGUGCAGGCACUUGGAGGAGGGAGGUCCAGGUCCCCAACCCCAGCGGAGAGCCAUGGGGCACAGGCGGCGAGGGUAGGCGGCGCGGCAGAUCGUGUGGCCAUGAACCAGCCGGCCCCUGGGGUUCCCCCACCACCCCGCCGUGUGCGGCUGAAGCCCUGGCUGGUGGCCCAGGUGAACAGCUGCCAGUACCCAGGGCUACAGUGGGUCAAUGGGGAAAGGAAAUUCUUCUACAUCCCCUGGCGCCAUGCCACAAGGCACGGCCCAAGCCAGGAUGGAGACAACACCAUCUUCAAGGCCUGGGCUAAGGAAACGGGAAAAUACACCGAGGGAGUGGAUGAGGCUGAUCCAGCCAAGUGGAAGGCCAACCUGCGCUGUGCCCUCAACAAGAGCCGUGACUUCCAACUCAUCUAUGAUGGGCCCCGGGACAUGCCACCUCAGCCCUAUAAGAUCUACGAGGUCUGCUCCAAUGGGCCUGCCCCCACAGAGUCCCAGCCCACUGAGGAUUACUCUCGGUGUGCAGGAGAGGAGGAAGAGGACGAAGAGGAAGAGCUCCAGAGGAUGUUACCAAGCCUGAACAUCACAGAAGCAGUGCAGCCCGCUCCUUCCAUGGCAGCCUUACCCAAAGAUAUCAAAUGGCCACCUGCUCUCCAGCCACCUGUUGGGCUGUGUCCCCCUGACCCAGACCCCAGCUGCCCAGCCCCUCCCCCUGGCAUUCCUGCUGGCUUUGGGCAGCUUCUCCCAGAGUCCUUGGCUGACAGUACACCUGCAAUGAGUGAACAACUCCUGCCUGACCUGCUGAUUAGCCCCCACAUGCUGCCUUUGACAGACCUGGAGAUCAAGUUCCAGUACCGAGGGCGGCCACCUCGAGCCCUCACCAUCAGCAACCCACAGGGCUGUCGCCUCUUCUACAGCCAGCUGGAGGCCACCCAGGAGCAAGUGGAACUCUUUGGCCCUGUGACCCUGGAGCAAGUGCGCUUCCCUAGCCCCGAAGAUAUCCCCAGUGACAAGCAGCGUUUUUAUACAAACCAGCUGCUAGAUGUCCUGGACCGGGGCCUCAUCCUCCAGCUGCAGGGCCAGGACCUAUAUGCCAUCCGCCUGUGCCAGUGCAAGGUGUUCUGGAGUGGGCCCUGCGCUGCAGCCCAUGACUUGUGCCCCAACCCCAUCCAGAGAGAGGUCAAGACUAAGCUUUUCAGCCUGGAGCAGUUUCUUAAUGAGCUCAUCCUGUUCCAGAAGGGCCAGACCAACGCUCCACCGCCUUUCGAGAUUUUCUUCUGCUUUGGGGAGGAGUGGCCUGACCGCAAGCCCCGGGAGAAGAAGCUUAUUACUGUACAGGUGGUGCCUGUGGCAGCUCGGUUGCUACUCGAGAUGUUCUCAGGGGAGCUUUCUUGGUCUGCUGACAGCAUCCGGCUACAAAUCUCAAACCCAGACCUCAAAGACCAUAUGGUAGAACAAUUCAAAGAGCUCCAUCACAUCUGGCAGUCCCAGCAGGGGUUGCAGCCUGCAGCCCAGGCACCUCCUGUGGCAGGGCUUGGUGCUGGCCAGGGCCCCUGGCCCAUGCACUCAGUUGGCAUGCAAUAGUGAGAGUGGCUGGCUGUCUUCCUGGGCAGCUGUAUGGACUGAAAGAGCAAUGUGGCAGCCCCGCCGGCCUGGCUGGCUAUCAGGUCCUACCUUUGGAUCUCCUGGAAGUGGAUUUGGGCCAAGGAUAAAGAGGCUUGCUGUUCCUGAAAAUCUUUGUUCUAACAGUUCUAUCUUCCUUAGGCUGGCUUCCCCUGUGCUUUGGAGAAACUCAGCCAGUAUCCGCAGUGAGCAAAGAGUGCCCCAACACUGGGCCUGAUUAUACAGGGUAAAUCCUGAAUGGCCCAUACUUACUAUUGCCCUAUUGCCUCUGGCAAAAAGAGCCAAGGAGUGGGCCACGUCCUGCCAAUAGGGUUUCUGUAGAGUAUAGGCCUGAUUUAGAGGUUUCUUAGUUUGAGUCUUGCUUCCAUACCUUUCUUCCUCUGAGAUGGCUCUGAGCCUUUAAAUAUUAGCAGACAAGGCCAGUACCUAACCCCCUUCUUCAGUCUAAGAAAAUGGAGUACAAAGAAUUUUAUGUAGCUUUAAAAUUAGUAUGUUUUUUCUGCUGAUACUGGGGCAUGAACUCAGAUCCUUAUGCUCUUGCUUAUCUUUUUUUUUUUUUUUUUUUUGGG